AUGAAUAAUUGGUUGAUUGACGAGCAAUGGUUGGACGAAUCUGCUGCUUGGCUAAUGCCACCACCACCGCAACUUAUUCAAUCGAAUAAUAAUUCGCCCUAUCAUUCGUUUGGUGACUAUGCUUAUCCAACAAUCGAACGUUUAACACCAACAUACAUGGAUAAUAAUAUUCUGAAUUUUUACAAACUUUAUAGUGAUGGAUCGUCAAUAAUACCAAAUGUUAUAUCAAAUAGAAAUAAAAUAAAAAGAGCAUUUAGUCGUGAAUAUCGUACAUUAUAUUGCCUAGGUAAAGGUGGUUUCGGUCAAGUGUACGAAGGUCAAAGACGCUCCGAUAAUUCAUCAGUUGUAAUUAAAUUUUUACCUAAAGAUCGUAUACUCAAUUGGGGAACAUUUGAAGGCGAACGUGUACCAUAUGAAAUAGAAAUUCUAUGGCGUCUUCGAGGUGUACCCGGUGUGGUAAGAAUAUUAGAGCAUUUCGAAGAAGCUGACCGUUUUAUAUUUGUCAUGGAGAAAAUUCCAAAUUCAUGUACACUAUUUGAUUUGGUUAUGGAAAGUCCUGCAUUGGGUAAUACUGAAUUAUUACGUCAUUUAUUUCGAGAAAUAAUUCAUAUUAAUAUAACAUUACAAAUGUAUGGUGUAUGGCAUCGAGAUUGUAAACCAGAGAAUAUAAUUUAUUGUAAGAAUGAUCGUUCAUUACGUUUCAUUGAUUUUGGUUCAGCUGCGCCUGUACAAUCAGAAGAUUUUCAUGAAUUUCAAGGUACUUUAGAAAUUAUGGUACCCGAAUGGAUACUUCAACGACGUUAUAAUGGUGAAAAAGCAUGUGUAUGGACUAUCGGUGUAUGUCUUUAUUUUCUACUAUAUCGACAAUAUCCAUUUCGUUCAAAAGCUGAUAUUAUAAAAGGUCGACUAAAUUUACCAUAUUUAACUUCGGUUAGCAAAGAAAUAUAUCAUACGAUGAAACAAUGUAUAAAUAUAAACGAAAAUCGUCGUCCCAAAUUAAAUAAUCUUCAAUAUUUAUCUUGGCUUGAUAUUACAUACUAG